AUGGACAUGUCGUCCGCCACUUCUUCCUCGAAAAUGGGCAUGGCCACCGGAUCGUCAGACAUGCAAGGAUGGAAACCGUAUCUGCAUACAUCGCUCUUCUCGCCCUUCAGCAACGACGCUUCUUCGGGCGAGGCGUUCCUGUUUCCCACAUUCCGCAUCUACAGUCGAACCACGUUCCUCGUCGCUUGCGCGUUCAUCUUUACAACGGCGCUUCUCGAGAGGUGGCUCAGCUUUGUAUUGGAUCACAAACUUGCGCUCCGACCAACAUCGGUCUCGCACCCAACCAAGGCGCGCGCUCGACGUAAAGGUUUGGUUGGCUCGAGCGACUGUAGCGUGUACAUCCACCUACCCGCCCAAGCAGACCACAUCGAAACCGACCACAUGCAUAGAUCCAAGAUUCGACUCGUCUUGAGAACAGCCGUGUACUUUUCAGCCACGCUUCUGCGGUAUGUGCUCAUGAUCAUCGGCAUGGGGAUGGAUUGGAUGAUGUUGCUGUCCGUAGUGAGCGGACUGGCGCUCGGACAUGUAUUGACAGAUGUCUACACGGUCUCGUGGUCGACUGCGCGUUCUUCAGUGACGAGCGCCGAGAGAGCCGAGCAAGUAGAGCUACUGCAACACAACCAGCAAGACCAAACAGAGCGGUACGAUGUAGAAGUAGAAGAAGACGACUGCAAGGACGACUUGAUUCAAAGUGGUGCCAGUGCUCAGAGAAGCUCAUCCCGUCAAGCGACGCCGUCUGCUAAUACGCCAUACUACUAA